GGCGGCGCGCGGGGAAAAUGUCUCCGUGCCGGGAUUCCCAGGGCUCCCGCCUAUUUUUGCAACUCCGGGGACAGUCUCCGGCAUUGCUCCUACGGCAACUGCUCGCCAUAGCGCUAAUCCAGGCCGUGUGGGGUGACGUAACACUGCCUUUAUUAGCAGAUGAUAACUGUAAACAGUUGAAGGCAAUGAAAGUAACACAGAGUUCAGAAUCAACUUGUUUCUGCUACAUUCCAAAUGGAGCAAUAUACUUACAAAAUACUUGGUCAACUAUUCAGGUGUCAAUAAACAGCACUGGAAUAUUUAAAGUAGUGUUUAUCCCAGAUGAACAUGAUUGCCAAAAUUCAGAAUAUUUAUUUGAUUUUUUGAAAUGCCUGAUUAACAAUAUUUGGCAGCCUAGUGUGUCUAAUCAAACUAUCAUAACAGUGGACCAGUAUGUUGGCAAAACAUGUUUCAGGAUCCAAUCAACAAAUAAAAUACUCUACACUGUGAGUGUAGAACAAAACAUGUUGGAUAGCAAGCUCAUUCUGUUAUUUGUUGCUGGUGUACUUCUUUUUCAUUUUGCCUAUAACCUGAGUAGAAGCCACAUCUUCUAUUAUUGUGCUGGGAUAGCAUUUGGUGUUCUCACACCUCUAGUCUUUCUCGUUUUGAUGCUUAAAAGGUUUAUUCCCAAGCUCAGUACCUUCUGGAUUUUAAUGAGUGGGUGCUGGUUCUCUUCUCUGUAUAUGUUUUAUGUUUCAAAAGAAAAACUGAAAUGGAUGUGGAACAAUUCUACAUAUUAUAUACUGGGUAUGAGAAUUAAUAACAGUAUAAGAGACUUUGAAAAUGAACACUACCUUCUUUUGCA